AUGCAGCGACAUUCAUCGUACGAAAGUACAGAUCUCGCUACAAGCUCAAGCCCGAAGCCUCUUCGGCCCCAUCACAGAAUCAGCCACACUAAAUCGCGAAAUGGGUGUUACACAUGCAAGGGGCGCCGGGUAAAGUGCGAUGAACAAAGACCAAUCUGCGGCGCCUGUUCUGUUCGGGGCAGUCAAUGCACCUUCCCAAGCCCAGGAAGCACAAGGAACAAACCAAGGCGCCCUGUCUCUCAUAAUACCAAUGGACUAGUGCCAGGUAAAUGUGACCACGCAGCAGGGAGAAAUGGCAACGAGCAAGCUAUCAGUCCCUUGAGUUUCAACAUGGGUCCUGUCGGAACACCAACUCAGCAGACCGAGACCCCGAGUCACUUGAACAUGAAUGACUUGAACUUACUCCAACACUAUAUUAUGCAUACAUCGAAGAAGAUGUCAAUCGACCGUGCCAAAUCUUUGGUGUGGGAGCGCGUUUUCCCGGACAUAGCCAGCACAAACGAGUUCUUGAUGCACCUGCUCUUGGCGCUGGCUGGUCUUGAUAUCCUGACCAGAGAUUCACUGGGUUGUCAAACUCAGCAUGACGCAACCAGGUCAUCUGAUUUAUCUACUCGGAAUUUGAAAUUAGCCAAGCUGAAAGUCGUGAUCGAGCACCACCAAUUAGGUCUGAAGGGACUCCAAGAGGAGCUUUGGAAUACCAGUGAAUCAAAUGCGGAACUAUUGAUGACAGGGUCUAUGUUGAUUGUUGGCUUUGCAUUUGCAUCUCUUCGAGUGGGAAAUCUGAACCCCGAACCACAGCCAUCACCUACGAUCCCGUAUUCAAGCCCGGAGAAUGCCGACAACAAUAAUGCGGGAAAACCGCACACUCAUUGGCUCCGUCUUGUGCGUGGUGUCUCAUCCAUCACACAGCAGCACUGGAUGACACUCAAAAGAGGACGAUGCAGAGCUUUACUGCAAUUCCGAAAUUCUCAUGAAGACUGGAAACUUUGCCGGUCACAAUUAGAUGGGAUUGUGCCUGAUGGGAUACGAUCGAAAAUCUCAAAGUUUGCAUCGGGUGCGAGCCAGGCGGUCUCUAAUCUGCAGACUUUCCUUGACGCCUUCAAAUCAACCGAACAAUUCCCCACUGAUUCCGAGGAAAGCAGCAUUCUUCAGGAGCAGCAUCAUGCACUUACUGUCAUCGAAGAUAUGUACAUGCGGGUUCUAUAUGCCCUCCAGCUGCAAAAAGUUGAACCGCAGAGCUCAUCAGAUCUUGAUGCUCAGGCCGAGAUUGAAGCGGCAGCUGUAACUUCGUGGCCGAUGCUUGUUUCUCAAGGUUUUAUAUCUUCAUUAGAGUCAUACGAACACAUUAGGGUCAUGGAGGGUCUGUCAUUUACGAUCCUGGCCCACCUUUAUCUGACUCUCUCUAUCUUGGAGAACACUUGGUAUCUUGGUGCUACCUUUGAUAAUGAGAUUGUGAAAAUCAACAAACUAGUUGCUGGUUUGAACGAUGGCCAAUUGAAAAAGCUGAUGGAAUGGCCGAUGGAAGUGAUUCGAUCCCCUUGA